CCUGCUUCUUACCAGCACUCAGCAGUAACGUCGUGCCAGACUCUCCUCAAACAGUCUCCCGCUACGUCCACGGGUGUUUAUUGGAUCGAUCCUGAUGGUGGAUCCAAGGCCAACGCUUUCAAGGCUUACUGUGACAUGGAUACGAAUGGAGGGGGCUGGACAUUAGUAUGGAGCUAUUCCUUUACUAACUACAGUCAUUUUAACGAUGAUUCAAAUGCGAUCACUCCUAGGCCAAAUUGGCCGGCCAAAUAUGAAGGGAAUGUUCCUAUCUCCACAAUUUCUCCAUUAAAUGAAACAGACUACAACGCAAUGAACUUCUCACUCUGGAAAACACUCGGUAGACAGUUCCUCAUCAAAAGCAACAUAAACAACUGGCUGAUGUGCCAACCGGUAACUGGCAGCCUGGUUGAUUGGCAGAAAGGUGACGUCAACUGUACAAUCACCAAAUACGUGGCUGACCCUGGAGAAUCAGCUUCGGCGCCUUCCAAGUUUUCACCAUAUAUCAACUAUGGACCAAUGUUCCAUUCAAGUGGGCGCUGGGACAGCAGCUUUUAUUAUUUUAAUGGUUACACGGGCAAAUAUUGGCCUACCCAUGAUCCUUGUGGAAGAAAUGAGCCCAACCAAAAGAAAAAUGUUCUUGAUCCACACGGUAACAUUUUUAUUCGCGCCGAGUAGCAAAGACAGACAAUGAGAAAUCUUUACGCACGUAGCUUCUAGAGCUGGUUAACUUUUUGCACAAAAUCAUUACAUUACCUAGAAAAAGUGUGACGAGAAUCAUCUGUAGGACCUUGAAGGCAUGAAACUGAUAAAACUAUAAAUUCUUCUAUCGCAAUUACUGAGAAAACCCCAUUAGAGAGAGAAUUUCGGAUCAGAUCUUGGAGGCUGAAGGUUCAAGCUUGUUUCACUCUCGUAAGAUGACAACAGGCAAAGCACCAGUUGCACUCAUCAUGAGAGAUUGGGGGAUUAUCUUUCAGAAUUUUACUUUCCAACGGAAUUUUAGAGAAUUCAAAUCACUUCGCGAAACUUUGACUUGAUUAGGUGCUAGCUUCUUCUUUGUUGUUGUACGACAAAAUUUAAGCUCUCAGUGUUUUUAAUAAUGACUUUUACCGCUGAUGUUUACAAAACUCGUGCCAACCACUAAACCAGAUAGUUGCAAUCAGCUAGAGCAAUUCUUAGAAUAAAAUGAGUAAAUAAGAUUCACUUAAGGAAGCCUGGAUCGAUGACCACAUUAAAUAAUUGUCGCCACGGGUCUUUUUUUCUUGGGGGUUGGGUAAUGAGCAUUAAUUAAUAGUAAAAACAUAUAACGGAGUUUGAAAAUGGUGUGCUGCGUGGAAAGUGAGUUUUCCUUUUUACGCUUACUACCUUCGAAAUUCUAAUAAAAACAACUUUUACUUCAUGUUAAGACCAUAGUGUUUGCUAUUACUUAUUCUGCAUUUAUAAACCGUAAUUGAUAUAUUUCAGGAGCUUUCCAAAACCACUCUGAGGUUUUUUGGCAAUUGAGUACAGCCACCUGACCAAAUAAAUUCUUGUUAGAUUUCUGGAUAUCAUUGUCGCCGCAGUUUUUUUUUUAUUUACAUCGAAAGGCCAGGAGUAAAAGGGUUGAGUAAUGAGCAUUAAGUAAUAGUAAAAACAUGUAACGGAGUUUCAAAAUGGUGUACUGCGUGGAAACUUAGUUUGCCUUUUAGGCUACCUUCGAAAUGCUAAUAAAAACAACUUGUAUUACAUGUUAAGACCAUAGUGUUUGCUAUGACUUAUUUCUGCAUUAAUAAACCGUAAUUGAUAUAUUUCAGAAGCUUUCCAAAACCACUUUGAUUUUUUUUGGCAAUUGAGUACAGCCACCUGAUCAAAUCAAUUCUCGUUAGAUUUCUGGAUAUUAUUACAUUUCCCAAAAACUCGCACGCCCAUACUUUCUCCGAUCCCCGAGAGAAUGAUAAGUAUUAACAAAUAAAACAGAACAUAAAAUCCUUUUAGGUUGUACUCGAAUGCACUACGUUUAUUUUUGUUUGACAAACAAAACUCGAUAAAAUCAUGAGGAGUAAAGAUCUGCUCCCAAUGUUACUUUUCCCAUCGAUGAUGGCUUUAAGAUUUGUGAGUAACCUCUCUUCAAAGUUUUGCAAUAUGUUAAGCAAUAAUCCAACAGGGUCCUCCUACUUUGACUGUUCUUCCUUAUGUUAUCAUAUUUUAAUUUCCUUUCUUGCAGAUCUUUCCUUGGGACAUAUUUGCUCUCAUAUGGGCUUUUUUGGUAACACCUAAGAUAUCUGCAGAGGAAGAUCGGGGCAUGUUCUUUCGCAUAGAAGAAAACGCCUGUCUCGUCGAUGAAAAUGCUCUUCAAAGUGAAAACGCUGACUCUUUAUUGGCCUGUGCUCAAAUGUGUAAGAGAGAGGCUUCUUGUAAAGGAGCAAAUUUCCUGGCGAACAAAGGCACCUGUUCGCUUUUUGGCGAAGGAAAACAAGCAAAAAAGUUGGAGAGAUUUGUAAAACGGGAUGGUUCUUUCUAUGUAAAAAAGGUAUUUCGUAGAUUUUGUAUACUUUGCCGUUGCCAUUUUGUGUUACCAUUUUUUUUAUUUAGUGCGAUCACAACUGAAUGAAACUUUCUUUGAGAGCCAGAUAUUUAGGCAAUGCUGUGCAGUUGUUGUGUUUUUUUUUCAUUUUAUCGUUUUAUUUCACAUGUUUAUGUUUCAAUUUGGUUUUCAUAAUCCUUUUCUUAAAGCUUGACUGGAAAUUCUAUGUUCUAGAGUCGGAAAUGCCAUAUAGCCGGAAGACCUGAUCAAUAAAAGAUAGAUGUCGGCAUGUUCUAUCGUAUCCAUUUUGUAUAUGUUUGUUAUUCAUUCUCAUUAAUUUACUUUGAAGUACUGGAAAAGAAAAUUGCACCUGUCGCUUUCAUCUGUAUGUACCCUCUCAGGUAGCCUGAAUCAAAGACUACUUUAAAUGAACCGUGAUAAAAUUCCACAGCAAGCUAACAUUUUAAAAAAUUAUUAGAGAAAAAACCUAGAGCAAAAAAAGAUGACCAAAAUUGAACUUCGUUGCGGUUCACAGGUUUUCUCUCCUGGAAUAUCUGGUCCACGAGGUAUGUGAUCAUUUUCUAUAUUCACCAUGUCUUCCUUGUACCCAAAAGGGCUCCGUGAUUAAGACCUAUUCUAUGAAUAGAAGCAAAGCUGUUCGAAAGAACUAAUUGUACCACACCUUUUAAUGCACCGCAACGAAAAAGGGGUUGACGCAUAAGGUCACUGUAGCAACGUUCCACCCUGUAAUUGAGCUCUGUACUUUUGUAACGCAGGGCAAAUUAGUCGACCCCAUUCCAUCAGGACAAAGCACCAGAGUGCCCAUGCCCAGAAUUGCACGGUUCAACCUAACAUUUAGCGGUAACCGCGAGCCAGUCUCUCCUCAACCAAUGUCCCACUUCGACUUCGGGUGUUUAUUGGAUUGGUCCUCAUCGUGAAUCCCCUGUCAACUUAUUCAAAGCUCUCUGUGACAUGGAGACUGAUGGGGGAGGUUAACUUAAACGGUUCGAAGUUUUUCCUUUCCUACAUAUAUCACCAAUUAAACUAAUUUUUAUGAUGGUUUAAAUGCAUAUCACCCCGAAACUGUAAAAGAGGUGAUACUAGUCAAAUUUUUAUACCCAUUCGUACAUGAUUGUAUUGUCGAUGAAUAGCCCGACUGUUGCCAGUAUGGAAAUAAAUCCUACUUCUGAUCACCAAACAUGUUGUUAUCGUCUUUCCGAAACAUCUGUUACCCUGCAGGUCAAAGCAUUCCCUUGCACUCUGGUUCAACCCAGCAUUCAGCAGGACACUCGUGUUUGACUCUCCUCAGUAAAUAUCCUACUUUGAUGUCUGGCGUUUAUUGGAUUGAUCCUGAUGGUGGAUCCCAGGCCAACGCUUUCAAGGCUUACUGUGACAUGGAGACUGAUGGAGGAGGCUGGACACUAGUGUGGAGCUAUUCCUUCACUAAUUAUAGUCAUUUUACGAGCAAAUCAAAUGCAAUCACUCCGAGGCCAAAUUGGCCGGUGAGACCCGAAGUGGAUGUUCCUAUCUCCACAACUCCUCCAUCAAAUGAAACAGACUACAACGCCAUAAACUUCUCACUCUGGAAACAACUCGGCAGACAGGUUCUCAUCAAGAGCAACGUAAACAACUGGCUGGUGUGUCAUUCGGGAAAUGGCAGCUUGGUUGAUUGGCAGGAAGGUGAUGUCAAUUGUAAGAUAAUUAAACUCGUGAUUGACUCAAGCAUAUCAUUUUCUUCUGCGCCUUCUGAGUUUUCGCCGAACCGAGCCUAUGGACCGCUGUUCUUCCUGAGUACACCCUUGGGGAGCACUUCCUAUUACUUUGAUGGUUUUACAGGAAAUCAUUGGCCUACCCAUGAUCCUAGUGGAAGCAAUAGGCCUAACCAAAAGAAGAAUGUUGUUAAUCCAAAUGGAAACAUUUUUGUUCGACCUUGA